AUGGCAUUGGCCACGGCCUGCAUCCUGUUCGGGUUCGCCGUGCACCUCUACGCGCCAUACGUCUACCAACACUACGUCGUGGGCGUGUUCCACAACUUCCCGGAGCCAGUCGCCAUAAAGCUGCGGCGCGCGCUGUACUUCAGCCAGGAGCGGUCGCUGUCGCCAAAGGAUGUGGUCAAGUACUACCGGCAAGCGCUGCAGGUCGCAGAUGAGAUUGGCAUGGACCCGUUCAGCGACGAGAUUCUAGGCGUCAAGUUCCAGCUCGCGUCGUUCUUCGAGAAGAUGCAGAACCACCAGCGCGCGAUUGACUUGCUCGAGAUUGUGCGCCGCGACUGCUUGCGCUGGAUGGACGCGCUUGGCGAUAAGCACUGGAACGAUGGCAAGCGCACGCGCGUGCUCGCUAAGACGAUCGGCAUCAGCGUCAAGCUCGGCGAUCUGUACUCCAACGAGUUUAUACAGAAUCGUGAGAAGGCGGAGGAAUCGCUCGUCUACGCCGUGGAGACGACGUUGAAGGAGAAGGCCAGGCGCGAGAAAGACGGCGUCAAGGAGGGCGAGGGUGACUGGAUCACCGACGAGGAAAUGGGCGCCAGCAUGGAGGCUCUCGCGCACCACUACGAGGAAAUGAACCAGCACUACCUCGCCACGCCCCUCUUCCUGCAAGCCCUGACCCACGCACCCCCGAAAUCCUGCCACGCAGCAACGCUCAUGAACAACCUCGCCAUCUCACUCUCGCAGCAACGGCCGCCACCCGGCUUCGCCAGCACAGCCCCCAACCCCGCCUCAGGCGCUUCUCGCAAGCAAGCCGCCACCACGCCCGCCCUGCCCACAACGCAAGCCCUCGUGGAACAGGCCCGGCUCUGGGCCACCAAAGCCGUGAAUCUGGCGUCCGGCAUCGCGCCCCCAGACCGCACCGAGGAGUGCGACAUGGCGUGCGCAACCGCGACGCACAACCUGGGCGAGUUCGCGGAGAUGCAGGGACGGGUGGCGGAGGCGAGGCGACGGUACGUGGAGGCGGCCAGUUUGGCCAAGGGGAUGAAGUUUGAGGAGGGCGUGAGGAAUGCUGAGGAGGGGGUUAAGAGGCUGGUGGGUCGGGAGUAG